GGCGACCUGGCGCCCCUCAGGCUCGGCCUGCCCGCGGAGGGUCCAGCCCACCUCCGUGUCCGUGCACACAGCGGGCGCGGGGCAGGGCGUCCCGAGGUGGCUAUUCCCGGAGGCUCCGUCCUCUCCCGCCGCCCUUGAAUUACGGCUGCGCCGCUCAAAGACCUGGGCGGCUUUUCUGCAUGAUGGGGCGGGGAAGUCAAGAGAGGUCACACCUGCUGUCGGUGUGGCGGUCCGCCUCAGAGCCACCGGACAGUAUGGACCAGUUUCACUUCGUUCACUUGCUCCCCGAGGCAGAGCGUGCCCGUCCCCGGCAGCCCCGGCCCACAGCCCCCAUGGAGGGUGCGAUGCAGCUGCUGAGCCGCGAGGGCCACACUGUAUCCCACAACUCCAAGCGGCACUACCACGAUGCCUUCGUGGCCAUGAGCCGCAUGCGGCAGCGGGGCCUCCUGUGUGACAUCGUCCUGCACGUGGCCGCCAAGGAGAUCCGGGCACACAAGGUGGUGCUGGCCUCCUGCAGCCCUUACUUCCACGCCAUGUUCACAAAUGAGAUGAGUGAGAGCCGACAGACGCACGUGACACUGCAUGACAUCGACCCUCAGGCCUUGGACCAGCUGGUGCAGUUUGCUUACACGGCUGAGAUCGUGGUGGGCGAAGGCAAUGUGCAGACUCUGCUUCCAGCCGCCAGCCUCCUGCAGCUGAAUGGCGUCCGUGACGCCUGCUGCAAGUUCCUGCUGAGUCAGCUCGACCCUUCCAACUGUCUGGGCAUCCGGGGCUUCGCCGACACACACUCAUGCAGCGACCUGCUCAAGGCGGCGCACAGGAACACUGGGCCCCCGUUGGACUCUCCCUCCCAGGCACCUUCAGGGCUCCAUGGGCCCCCAAGACCCUCCCCAGAUCUCAGGUCUGAGGGUCCCCACCCCCAGGUGCUGGAACUGGUCUCUAGCGACAGUCUGAACGUGCCUUCAGAGGAGGAUGUCUACCGUGCCGUCCUGAGCUGGGUCAAGCACGAUGUGGAUGCCCGGAGGCAGCACGUCCCUCGGCUGAUGAAGUGUGUACGCCUGCCCCUGCUGAGCCGGGACUUCCUGCUGGGCCACGUGGACGCCGAGAGCCUGGUGCGGCACCACCCGGACUGCAAGGACUUGCUCAUCGAGGCUCUCAAGUUCCACCUGUUGCCCGAGCAGAGGGGCGUCCUGGGCACCAGCCGCACCCGGCCCCGGCGCUGUGAGGGUGCCGGCCCUGUGCUAUUUGCCGUGGGUGGUGGGAGCCUAUUCGCCAUCCACGGGGACUGUGAAGCAUACGACACGCGCACAGACCGGUGGCAUGUGGUGGCCUCCAUGUCGACACGCCGGGCCCGGGUGGGUGUGGCCGCAGUCGGGAACCGGCUGUAUGCCGUGGGCGGUUACGAUGGGACUUCAGACCUGGCCACCGUAGAGUCCUACGACCCUGUGACCAACACUUGGCAGCCUGAGGUGUCCAUGGGCACGAGGCGCAGCUGCCUGGGUGUGGCUUCCCUGCACGGACUCCUAUAUGCAGCAGGUGGCUACGAUGGGGCCUCUUGCCUCAACAGUGCCGAGCGCUACGACCCCCUGACGGGAACAUGGACUUCCAUUGCCGCCAUGAGCACCCGGAGGCGAUAUGUGCGCGUGGCCAUGCUUGAUGGGAACCUGUAUGCAGUGGGCGGUUACGACAGCUCUUCACACCUGGCUACCGUGGAGAAAUAUGAGCCCCAGGUGAACUCAUGGACACCGGUAGCCUCCAUGCUGAGCCGGCGCAGCUCUGCCGGCGUGGCGGUGCUGGAGGGGGCCCUCUACGUGGCUGGCGGCAAUGACGGCACCAGCUGCCUCAACUCUGUGGAGAGAUACAGCCCCAAGGCGGGCGCCUGGGAGAGUGUGGCCCCCAUGAACAUCCGAAGGAGCACGCACGACCUGGUGGCCAUGGACGGCUGGCUGUACGCCGUGGGGGGCAACGACGGUAGUUCCAGCCUCAACUCCAUCGAGAAGUACAACCCGAGGACCAAUAAGUGGGUGGCCGCGUCCUGCAUGUUCACGCGGCGCAGCAGCGUGGGCGUGGCGGUGCUCGAGCUACUCAACUUCCCGCCGCCCUCUUCACCCACGCUGUCUGUGUCGUCCACCAGCCUCUGACCCGAGGCGCUGCUGCACAGAGGUCCAACCACAGCCUCCCACGUGCCUUAAGCACCCCCUACCCCCUCAGGGCCCAGUGCCUCUCUCCCCUGCGUGUGGGAAGGGGCUCGGCCCCCAGGAGAGGCACCUCACAUCCCACGCAGGCUGUCCAGGCUCUGCGUCGAGGCCUCCCGUGUCUCUGUUCCUUCCUCAGUGUUUGUGUGUGCGGUUUAUUUAUUUACUCGUUUAUUUAUUGAUUGAUGGUGAGCAGGCUGUAGCUACCAGUUUAUACGUUUCCUCUUGAAGUGUUCUCUCUCUGGGACCAAGCUACCCUCCCAAGUGUCCCACCUGCUGGGAGCACUAGGGAGCAACAGGGUGGACACUGGCAGUGCCCGUCAGUAAGGGGCCAACUUGGACUCUGCAGACCUGGAAGGACAGAGGGGUGAUGCAGAGCAGUAACUGGGGGAGCUUUCUGGGCAGGUGCGGACCCCCUAGCCUGUGCUCUGCAGACCACCUCCGCCUCACCCGGCCAGGCACGUUCCCAGGGAGGGCACGAAUUGGGCUUCCUUCCCCGGGCCGUGGUGUCUUUUCUCCAUCCUGCACUGGGCUGGGCACACGGCCACCGCCGCAGACCCCACACAGCAAUAUGAGCCACUUGUACAAUAAACAUGUUUCUUGGGCUCUGUGGGCCUGUGGCUGAA